AUGAAUAAUCAAGGAAUCAAUUCAGGAGCUCACUCCGCAACUCUUAAGGGAAAGAUCAAUGCACUUGAGGAGACUAUCACUGGAAUGAAUGAGGAGUUGAAUUUUUAUAAGAAAGAAAUAUAAACAUUGAGAUCAGAGAAGGAGACCCUUGAAGAUGUCCUAAACAGAAAAGCAAGUGACAUUAGAAAAAACCUAGCUAAUGAAGUAUUAAGAGCUGAGGAAGAAAUGAAGAAGAGCUACACAACAUAGAAGAAUGAAAACAAUAAAUUGCAGCAAUAGAUUACUACUCUCAAGACUGAGAAGACCAACCUUCAGUAGCAUUUACUUGACUUGCAAAGAAGAGUUGCUGAACUUGAACUACAAAUCGGCCAGGAAGACCACUGA